AUGCAGUCAUCGACCCUGAUUUUCCUCGGAGUUGCAAUUGUGCUUCUUGGAACUGUGCAAAGAGGGUCGGCCACAAGCGAGGCUCUGAGAGUUAGAUUGAUUGAGGCAAUUAUGAAAAGACUCUUCACCUUGGACGAUUCAAGAGACUUCAGCACUCAACAUAAGGACAUUGAUAUAAGCGGCGUAAAUGAAGGACUUGUUCUUUACAAAUGCUUUGGAACGUAUUCGACCGAUAGUAUUUACAGCAAAUACAACGAACUGGAUGUAGACAAUGACGGUGUCGUGGAUCAGGAUGAAUUCGUUAAAGGCAUGGAUAAGUACAACUGCAAUGCGAACGGCAAGGAAUUGUUUGGUAUCUACGACGCAGAUGAUAGCGGAUUUCUGGAUUCUGAGGAAUUCCGCAUAGCUUUACGGCAACCAAUGUCAGAUUUCAAAAAGAAAGUCGUAAUGGAUAAGUUCCUCACUGCAGACACAAACUCUGACGGUGUUUACGACAGUAAAGAUGCUAUAAGAACUUUAGACGUGUCCGUCAUGAAUUUCAUCAGGCGGAUUGAUGCCAACAACGACGGCAAAGUUACCCUCCAAGAGUUUGUAGACUACUGGUCGAGAAAACUUGGUGAUGUUGAGGACGACAACACGUUUGCGAUCAAACUACACAAUGCGUUCGCAAUGUAAGAUGGACAGUUAAACAGUGCAUUUGCAAUGAUAUGUAAAAUGGACAGUUCGCAAUAAAAGAUGAGCAAUUUUGUUCAGCAGUGUCUGUAUCAUUUGAACCAUUGUCAAAUUUGGAUUGAUGAAAAUAAGAAGAUUGUCCCUUGCCUAAUAUAGCUUGACACAUCCAGCACUUGGUCAGACAUAUUAUAUUGUCUGAUUAUAUUAAUAUUAUCCCAAUAACCUCAUAUAAUAAUAAGCUGAUCCUAUUUCAUGAUUAUGUCUUGCAAAGUAAACCUGUUUCUCAUACCUUAACACCUCCUAAUAUGUGAUAAAUAGCUCUUUGGAAUAAAUGCAUGUUUAGCAAACUGUCAUUGGACAAACAAUUCAGGAUUUUACACUUCCCUUAAUUAAAGGUAGACUACUCUCAAGGUUUUUCCAACAGACAAUCAGUGAUAUCCCAUUAUCAU